CAAGUGUCCAUCGAACUCGGGCUUGCCUUAAGUUCACUGCUUUCAACCAACUGAAAUCGAGGUAAGGAAAGUUUUGAUGAUAAUCAAAACUAUAAAAUGAGAAGAGAUACACUUUGUCACAAAGUGUGAUUUAUAUUUUUAAAUAAUGUUUCAAUUUUUGUAUUUAUCAUUGUGUUUAUUCAAGUAAUUAAUUAUGGGAUUUUCACUUAUACAUUUAUUUUAGCACAAGUUAAUUUAAUUCUCCCCCAUCCAGAAUUGAGGCUACCAAGAGUGUGCAGCAGAGCUAAAUCUUUCUUAUGCAAAUGCAGUAUGCAAAUUAAUGCUUUGGUUGAGUAAUUUUGUUAGGUCUUGGAUGCCAUGUGCAUUCCCCAGGGCACUGCUAUUCUAGACUUCACUGUGUGCAGUCCUGUGGGAGUACAUGUACAAGUACAUGUAUAUACAGUGGUACUGUGUGUACCAGGGCGUGGCCCAAUGAUUUAAAAGCCAGUUUAUCCUGCAAACUGGCUUUUUCCCUGUGGGGAACUUCAUGAGGUCAAGGUCAGAGGUCCUUAGUGGACAACUGAGUUCAAGAAUCCUGUGUGGAUUGGACUCACGAUUGACGAAUCGAUUCCUGUGUGGGGCGAGUCGGCUAGAGUCGACUAACCGAUUCCUGUGUGGACUGUGGGUGCACGACGCAAUUACCUACCUACCUGCUGACAAGGUGAUCUGAACCUAUAGCAGCCGGGCUGACCGGAUCCCAUCGACUUCCAAGUACAUGUGGGAUUGGUGAGACAUGGAGCCAUAACAGACUCAUGGUGUGACACACUUCUGAAACUGAUUGUAUCCGUCUGGGUUCUAUUGCUGCUGUUACUUCAAACACACUACAAAGUCCAGUCAUGGCUGAAGUUCUUGCUGACUAUGAAGAGGCCAAGAAAAAGGUCAAGUUGAGCACCUGGUGGAACAUUGCUCGGCGCGGAGAGCUACUUGGGGAAUUCCUAGACGACAUCAUGGUGGAACGGAGAAGUGUCCAAAACCUUCUUGAUAACCUCAAGAUGCUGGGGCAGCGGAGAACCUUUUGCUGUGGUGGCUGGAUCAAGUUGAGCCAUGCUGAUGCUCACACCAGACUGAAGGUGAAAGAAGAUGCCACCAAUCCGCUAGGAUGGCAAAUCACUAGUCUCACUGUUGACAGCCUUCUGGAGUUCUGCACGCCUUCUCCCUACGGAGACCUCAAGAAGGGGGAGACGGUGUAUAAUCCCAGUGUGCGCUUGGCGUCUGAGUGCGAAGCUGCUAAGUUCCAGUUUGCCAGGAAGUCUCAUCAAAAGCCCAAGCCUGGUGACAAAACAAAGCUAGAAGCCUCCCCGCAGGGUCUGGUCGACUGCACCCCACAGUUUCUGAGUGUCAUCAGGGAGAAGGUGAGCAAGAGUCUUGCAAAUGGGAAAGAUGUUGUUCUCCAGUGCUACAAGCUGAAUGUGUACGGCAAAGGUGGCUUCUUCAAUGCACACGUUGAUACGCCUGUUGAUGCAGCUCAGAUGAUUGGGACGGUGGUUGUGUGCCUGCCCUGCAAACACACUGGAGGAGCCCUGACAGUCGAGCAUAAAGGGACAAAGGAGGAGUUCCUCUUUGCAAGCCUGUCUGAUGAUCAGUCAAAGAUUCAGUGGGCAGCCUUCUACUCGGACUGCGUCCAUGAAAUCCUGCCUGUUGAGGAAGGUAGUCGCAUCACCAUCACCUAUAACAUCAUCAAACAGGACCGAGCAUCUUAUGUUAGUGGAUCUGGGUUGUGCCAAAGUGAGAGUUUCUCCUCGGGCCCCAUGCUUGAAGCCGACAAUGAGCCAACACUGAAUGGCAUUGCCUCCGCUGUCCGAAAUGUUGUCUCGGAUGGUAAGGUCUUUGACUCUGCCACUUUCGGGUACUUUGGCAUUUUCCUUCAGCACAAAUACACGAUGGCGGCCCUGGCAGCUGGCAACCUCAAAGGCUGCGAUCAGAUCCUCUAUGACGGUCUGGCAGCCAGGGGCUUGACGUGCUGCCUGUUAACAGUUCUUGUUCAUGAAAAGGUGAGGGACACACAUGAUAUCUCUGAAUGUGACGAUCAGCGCGACGUUUUCGCCUUCAGCCAAGAACUCGUGGACUACAUGAAUAACAAGGGUCCCAAGCCUGAACGUGUCUUCUCCAGUUCGGUACUGUUUGUCAAAGAAUGGAGCAGGGAGCAUGUCUUGAUCAGUGAAAAUACCAGAGUAGGUAGGUACUGCGGCAACUGGACUGAGGGAGGUGAAGUUGAAAGUCUGUACCUGCAGUCAGCACUGGUCAUUGGCUUUCCCAAGAAGAGUAAGUGCCCAGGCAUUCCCAAAAAGACCAAAUGAGGAGUGACAAGACAGUCCACACCAAUUAAAGUCCUUGGGCAACAAUCUCCGGGACUUUCACUGAUUGAAAGAAAUGACUUGAAGAAUGAAGACAUCAAGAAUAGGAUUUAUGUGCCCUCCAUUUUUUUUUUUUUUUUUUUUGGUUACAGUUACAAGUGUAUGCCACAUCAUAAAAGAUGCAGCUUAAUUGUGUCGGACCCUGUUAAAUUAGGAACCAUUUUAAAAUUUGGUCCGACAAGUUGUUUGUCCCUUUCCCACGGUGUGUGGUUGGAAUUCUUAGUAAGCGGGCCUCCUCCGCGCUGACCACGUCCUGUUCAGAAGGACAUCUAAGACAUUGCGUCACUCCACGAAUCUAAGUUUUUCCUUCCAAAGUUCGCAGUGUCCAUUUUUUCAAUUCAAGGAAGUUCGAUCACGUUGACCAUUGAGUCAUAAAAGGAGGACCAGAUUGGUCAAUCCCAAGCUGGCCACGUUCCCUCAAGAAUGUUAGCCCACUACUCCUUUUCUGAUUGGCUUUUCCGAAGAUGAUAUCAUUAUUUUAGCUUUUUGACCAAUUGGAAAGUUUUCCCAAACCUGUCCGAGCGCGUGAUCAGUAGGGGCUUUUAAACCCCUGCUCCACCUCAAUUCUUCAGAAGCGAAGAAGACCUCGAUGCGAGAAUAUCUUAGAGUGCUACCCUUAGCACUUUUGAUAAGUUAGCUUAGGAACGAUUGCGGACUUCACUAAGUCAUUUUCUCGUGAGAGACGUUCCUAACACUUUCCCUCGCAUCAUUUGCAAACGUGCUUUGUUGAUCAGGUAAGCCGAUGUUUUUCUUAUUUCUGUAUAAUCCACUUGUAUAUAAUUUUGAUGAUUGUGAUAGUAUAAGAAUUGUCCCGCCUAUGGAUAAUUUCGAGACAGCUUCACACCCAGCAUGAGUUGCAGCCAUUAAUAAUAUGAUUGCCAAAUUUUGAUUCACUAUGUAUGCUGUAUGUAUAUUUUAGUGUAGAUAUUUGCUCUAUAAUCCUUUUAUUCACUUUCCAAUUCUUAUCAUUACCGUUAUACGAUGUAGGUUUUUAUCACUGAAUUGAUCGUAAGUUUUUGACCAAUUUUCAUGUAACCCGAAUCCUUGCCUGAUUUCAGAAUAACUGCCUCGGUCAGUUAGAUAGUUGUAUAUAACUUGUACUUGAUAAUUCUGCAUUUUAGUUUCAAGUGUUAUUCGUGUAUUCUAUAUUUCCUUGUAAUCUUAUGUUGAAGUAUUUUCAGUUCAUGAUUUUAAGCAAACUCUUGAUGAGGCCGUUUAUUUCCAUCCCUCAUUCAUUGUGUACCACUAUGAUUCUGUUCUGAUCUUAACCACCUGUGCUAUUUCUUACUAGUCUGUUACCACGGACAUGGGACUGAGUGUCUUGUGUAAUUGUAUCCCUAAUUGACCUUGAGUAGGGUCAGUGCCCACACCCACACUGUCUUUUUGGCUAAAACAUUGAGUGCAUGUCCAAGUGAUCAUGAGCCGUUGUGAAACUUUUAUUUUCAUGGACAAUGCUCAUAACUCUGAUGUAUUGUGCACAAGUUAUUUAGCCAGUGUUCUAAUCUCGGCCCAAAAAUGGUUCGAGAUGAUCACUGGUUUAAGGUUUUUCACGCAUCCCAUUCCAUUAAGUUAGUGUGUCUUACGACCGGUUGCGGUUGAGGAUAUAUGAGCAAUCAUGCCCUUUGCCCCCCACACGACCAAUCUCAUGUCUCAAGCAUGCAUAUGUACAAAACACUUCCUUGUUCCGAUUCUUGUUUCUGACUUAGAAUAAUGUUCUGGGUGAACACCAUAAACUUUAGUCUUUUAUUAGUUUUUAGACUAUUUUGGCUUACUUAAUACUAUUUGUAAUCUCAGUUUUUAAUGUUUUUUGUAGUUAGUAAUUUUAAUACAAAGUUGGUUCUAAAUAAGAAGCGAAGAAGACCUCGAUGCGAGAAUAUCUUAGAGUGCUACUCUUAGCACUUUUGAUAAGUUAGCCUAGGAACGAUUGCGGACUUCACUAAGUCAUUUUCUCGUGAGAAACGUUCCUAACACUUUCCCUCGCAUCAUUUGCAAACGUGCUUUGUUGAUCAGAACACGGAGUCCCCAGGUCACGCUUUGAGGAGUCGACCCGGUUCGAUUCUUCGCCCGGCCUGUUCCUGCUUCUCACCACCACCCUUCUCCGUCUGGACCACCGUUCGCUGGACUUCGCCUGGACGCUGCUGCUCUACCUGGACCCCAUCCAAGUACGACAUCGCAUCGGCAAAUCAAGACGAGUUCCAACGCGACGCUUUGAACCCAGCUAAGAUCUUAUAAUCAUACUAUUGUAUAAAAUUCCUUGUUGUAUUUUAUUGAUGUAUUCAUUGAUGUUUGCUAUUCUUCGUGUUGAUGUUUCAGUGGUUUGACUUCAUUGCGCUUGUUUGUAUUUAUUCAUGCUGAACCUAUGCAUACUUGUUGACUUUUGACUUUCACCAAAUUUGAAGUUUGUUGACCUUGAGUACUUUGCAAAUUCUUUUCUUUGGAUGCAGAUGAUCUGAGAUUUUGCAUAUUGUUUUCAUAUCCUUUGAUAUUCUUGGUCUUUUCCAAAUUAACUUUUGUUGCAUUGUUGUUUUGAAUCGUUACACCACUGAAAAGUCACACGUAUGAUAUUUUGGAUUUUGAUGAUUCCUUUAUAAUUGAUUCUUGACCAAUCACUGUUGACAUUGACGAUUUAUGAUGUGUUGAUGAUAUAAUAACAGAGUGAAUUUCUAGAGGAAAGGACCAACUUUAA